AUGUCCAACAUAAAGAACGUGGUCGUCGUAGGCGCCGGAACGAUGGGAUCGGGCAUCGCAUUGGUUUCAGCCGCCACCGGUCACUCCACCAGUGUGGUCGAUUUAAACGCUCAGGUGUUGGAAAAGGCGCGUGGAGAAAUCGAAAAGAAUGCCGCCCGUUUGGGGCGCAAAUUCUUCAAGGAUGAUCCGCAGGCGGCCGGUGCACUCGUUGCGGAAACUCUCGGUAGGGUGAAGUAUUGCGCCGAGUUGGAGGCGGCGGUUCGGGAGGCCGAUCUGGUGAUUGAAGCGAUCGUGGAGAACGUGAAGAUCAAGCAGGAGCUUUUUAAGAAGAUUGAUGAGAUCGCUCCUCAGCAUACAAUUUUCGUGAGCAACACUUCGUCGCUGUCCAUCGUGGAGUUGGGUAGCGUGACCAAGCGCGAGGAUCGCUUCGCCGGGUUUCAUUUCUUCAAUCCGGUCCCGCUGAUGAGGUUGGUUGAGGUGAUUAAGACGGAUAAGACUUCGGAGGAGACGAACGCGAGUUUGUUGGCUUUCGGAGGUGCCCUUGGGAAGACUUGUAUUAGCUGCAAGGACACUCCGGGUUUCAUCGUGAACCGGUUGCUGUUGACGAUCAUUUCGGAAGCACUUGGGAUGCUGGAACGUGGUGACGCCAGUUUGAAGGACAUCGAUACGGCGUUGAAGUUGGGGCUGGGUCAUCCGAUGGGGCCGUUUGAGCUGAUGGACAUGAUUGGGCUGGAUGUUACGUUGAAUAUUAUGCAGGAACGACAGGCACGAAAUCCUAAUGACUUAUCGCUCAGGCCAAGCCCCACCUUGGUGAAGUUAGUUUCGGAAAAUAAACUUGGCGUUAAAAACGGUGAAGGAUUCUUCAACUACAAGUAG